AUGUUGAUCGUGCUGGCACAAUCUUUGCUGCAGGUGGAAUCCAACUGUCAGGUAGUCCAAACAAAGGAAAAUAAGCUUGCCUUGACAUUUUUUUUCCAGACGGGCGAAUGGAUCAGCCACGGAGGAGAUCUCAAGAAUCGUCGCUUUGCAGAAGAUGAGCACUUGAUCAGCGUCUGGAGGGCGCCUCACUUAAGAGAAAAGUGGAGCUUUGACGCCGGCGCGGACAUUUCGGCCACACCGGCGAUUUACGACUGUGUUGUCUACUUCCCAUCGUGGAACGGGCUUGUCUUCGCAGUUACCAUCCACGGAGAACUUCUCUGGAGCACGAACUUGACAGAAAUCACGGGAGUUGCCACUUUGUCGCGGACGAUACCGGCUGUGACCGAAGAGCUCUUGCUGUAUGGUUUGCUCGGUCCCGCUAGAGGUGUUGCUUUACACCGUAAGAAUGGAAGAAUGGUGUGGAUGUCAGAAGAUCUGGAUGAAACGCCCCUGGCAAGGAUCACCAUGUCAGGAACAACAUACGACGGUCCUUCCAUCGAUCCCAAGCGAGGACUCGCCUUCAUUGGCACUGGAAACCUCUACCAGAUCCCGAGCGACGUCCAGGACUGCCUCAACAGAAACGCCAACUCGAGCGACUGCUAUCCUCGCGGCGUCUGUGACGACGCCGUUGUAGCCGUGAACAUGCCCGACGGUGAGAUACGCUGGUGUAACAGGCUCGGAGGAAACGACGUAUGGAGGCUUGCUUGUGACACAAAUCCACCACCAGCAAACUGUCCACCUGAGCCUGGGCCGGACUACGACCUGGGAGAGUCACCGAUGCUCCUCACGAUCCCAAGCCGUUUCUCCAAGAACAAGUUCCAAGAUAUUCUCGUCACCGGUCAGAAGAGCGGCAUUGUUUGGGCUCACGAUCGAGACGACGGCAGCCUUGCCUGGGAAAAGACUGCCGGACCUGGUGGCUUUGUAGGUGGAGCGAUCUGGGGAGCCGCCACUGACAACCAUCGAGUGUACACCAACAUCGCAAACUCUGACCGUGCUACGUUCCAGCUCGUUCCUUCCGGAGGAAGCACCACUGCUGGUGGCUGGGUGGCCAUGGAUGCCGCUACUGGAAGAAUAGAAUGGUCCACUGCGAAUCCACACAGUGCGCGAGCAUACGAGCCUGUGACUGUCGCCAACGGUGUGGUCUUCUGCGGAUCAUUCGACAAGGAUGGUCAUGUUCUCGCACUAGACGCAGAGAGUGGACGUAUACUGUGGGAACGUACCACUGGUUCGACGGUCUAUGGAAGGCUCUCAGUCGGGCACGAGUGUUGGUUUGUUGGAACGGGAUACUCACGGGAUCCACUGGGUGCUGCGCUUGGAGGAACUCCCGGAUCCGAAUUAUAUGCCUUCUGUGUAUGA